UUGGUUUGAAGCCGGCCUCAGCACUCACUCAAUGGCGACUGAAAAUCUUGAUUAAAGAGACCGGAGGCGGCCGGGCCCGGGACUCAGAGAAACAGCGGCGGGGGCAACAUCCUUUUUCAAAAAAAAGCACACACACAUACAAAAGAAAUUUAUUCUAAAGAAAAUAUACAUAUAUAAAUUAUAAACAAGAACAUCAUGUAUUAAAAAUCCACCAUUGAAAUCUAAGUAUAUAAUUAAAAUUAAGGAAAAAAAUGGCCGAGACAACCGCUACCUCUCCUAAAGUCUCUCUAUUAGAAUCAGGUAAGAACAACAUUGGAAGAAAAGACGGCCUCAACUGUUUUAUUUUACAAACAAAAAAGCAACGUUUAAAAAAAACGAGGUUUGUAUUCUUUUUCGUUCCCCUCUUAGAGCUCUACUUCCUAAUCGCUCGCUUUCUCUCGGCGGGUCCUUGCCGAAAGUCCGCGGAGAUACUGGUGGAGGAGCUGGAGGAGAAAGAGCUGCUCCCAAAGCGCCUGGACUGGGAAGGCAAUGAACACCACAGAAGCUAUGAAAACUUUAUUUUGUCAAAUCAACAUGUGCCCCCUGAUUACCUCUUGCGGAUAUGCCAGCGAAUUGGCACACUGCUGGAUAAAGAGCUUCCUUCAAGUGUGUUUGGUGUACAGUCCCUACUUGGUGCAGGCAGACAGUCCCUACUUCGAACUGCAAAAGAUUGUAAACAAGUGGCAUGGAGAAGCUCUGCUUUUGCAGCCCUUCAUAGAGGAAGGCCACCGGAAAUGCCUCUAACCUAUGGAAGUCCACCUAGUGUUGUCGAGAUAGUCCGUGGCAGACAAUUGACGGGAAGUGGACAUUUUGGCUCAAUUUUUCCAACCUGUACCUAUCAGCACAUAAAGAUGCACCGCAGAAUUCUUGGACAUCUGUCGUCAGUUUAUUGUGUUGCCUUUGAUCGCACAGGGCACAGGAUUUUUACUGGUUCUGAUGACUGUCUGGUAAAAAUUUGGGCCACACACACUGGGCGAUUACUGUCCACCCUACGUGGCCACUCCACUGAGAUUUCUGAUAUGGCUGUAAAUUAUGAGAACACUAUGCUAGCAGCUGGCAGCUGUGACAAACUGAUUCGAGUUUGGUGCUUGAGAACGUGCGCUCCAGUCGCUGUGCUGCAGGGGCACACAGGAUCCAUUACUUCUCUACAGUUUAGUCCGAUGGGUAAAGGUUCAGUCCGAUACAUGGCUUCCACAGGAUCUGAUGGGAGUGUUUGCUUUUGGCAGUGGGAUCCAAAUACCCUGAAGUUCAAGAAUCAGCCAUUGAAGUUUACAGAACGCUCAAGGCCAUGUUCUCCAAUGAUUUGCUCCUCGUUCAGUGUUGGUGGCAUGUUUCUAGCAGCUGGCAGCAGUGAUCAUAUGAUCAGAAUAUAUUACAUUGGAUCUGGAACCCCUGAGAAGAUUUCUGAAUUAGAAUCGCAUCUGGACAAAGUAGACAGUAUUCAGUUCUCCAACAAUGGUGAUAGAUUGGUCAGUGGUAGCAGAGAUGGAACAGCACGGAUCUGGCAAUAUCAGUAUCAAGAGUGGAAAAGUAUCUUGUUAGACAUGGGUGCUCAAUUGCCGGGAAUCACCUCCUGUCCAGGGGACGAUAAGGUUGCAAAACUUAAAGUGACAAUGGUUGCUUGGGAUCGUCAUGAUGACAAUGUUAUCACUGCAGUGAAUAACCAUACACUAAAGGUGUGGAAUUCAUAUACUGGACAGUUGCUGCACAUCUUAAUGGGUCACGAAGAUGAAGUAUUUGUUUUGGAGCCACAUCCAUUUGACUCCAGAAUUAUUUUAUCUGCUGGCCAUGAUGGCAAUAUCUUCAUUUGGGACAUUACUAAAGGCAUGAAAUCUCACCAUUACUUUAACAUGAUUGAAGGUCAAGGUCAUGGUGCUGUAUUUGACUGCAAAUUUUCACCAGAUGGCCAACACUUUGCUUGCACAGAUUCACAUGGACAUCUGCUUAUAUUUGGGUUUGGAUGCAGUAAACUGUAUGAAAAGAUUCCAGAACAAAUGUUUUUCCAUACUGACUAUCGUCCCUUAAUUCGUGAUGGGAACAAUUUUGUCUUGGAUGAACAAACUCAACAGGCUCCCCAUCUCAUGCCACCACCUUUCUUAGUGGAUGUGGACGGAAAUCCUCAUCGAACAGAAUAUCAGCGAUUGGUGCCAGGUCGUGAGAAAUGUCUGGAUGAGCAGCUGAUACCACAACUUGGAUAUGUGGCAACAAGUGAUGGUAAUGUUGUGGAACAAGUAAUUGGGCAGCAAACAAAUGAUCAAGAUGAGCAAAACAUGGAUGUGAGUGUGCUGGAUGGCAUAAUCCGAAAUUUACAACAGGAGCAAGACCAACGGUUGGGAGCUGAACAACAUGGGGCAAGUAAUCCCCCCAAUAGGAUCAGCACACCUUCAAGAGUUUUAAGGAACCCCAGCUCUGACAUUUUGUCACCACCAAAUGUGGGACUGCGCCGUAGUGGACAGAUUGAAGGUGUUCGUCAGAUGCAUCACAAUGCUCCCCGUAGCCAAAUAGCCACAGAAGGUGACAUCAUGGCCUGGAAGCGAAGAGUGGUAGUACCAGAAAUACAACCAAGUGUGAACAGGAUGCAGGAAGAUUUUAGGAUUGCUAAAAGCGAAGAGGAAAUUGCCUUGUAUACAAGAGAGAAGAAAAGACGACCAGUACAUAUUACACAAAAGAAUGACUCCUUGGAGUCGUGGGAACACACCAAAAGAAAAAUGAGGGCACAGCGUCGUGAGCAACACAAGUAUAGAACGCGUGCUGCUGUGGAGGAACUAGCUCAAUUUUUCCAUGAAGAAGCAGAGGAAGUUAGUUCUGAAGAGGAAAGUAAUUCAGCAGAGGGGACUGGAGGCUCUUCAGAGGAAUGGCGGAGUGAAACUAACAGCUCAAGUGAUUCUUCAAGUGAGUAUUCAGAUUGGACAGCAAAUGCAGGAAUUAAUCUUCAGCCACCCAAAAGACCAACCAGACGGCGAGCUCCACUCAUUAUGAGCAGCUCAGAAGAUGAACAAGAUGAUAAAGCUAAGCCAUCAUGGAAUCAAAAUAUAAAGAAACCUAAAGGAAGACCACGGAAGAGACCCAAUCCAGUGCCAACCGGAGAAGGUACAAUUUCAGAGGAAUGGCAUCCCCCAAAGUGGAUCACAGAUACUGUACCCCGUAGGUCACCAUAUGUUCCACAAAUGGGUGAUGAGCUUGUCUACUUUAGGCAAGGCCAUGAAGCCUAUGUAGAAGCUGUCAAAAAGGCAAAAAUAUACACCAUUAGCUUACGCAAGCAGCCAUGGCAUAAACUGGAAAUUAGGGAUCAAGAAUUUUUAAAAAUUGUUGGACUAAAAUAUGAAGUUGGCCCUCCUACAUUGUGCUGUCUCAAACUUGCCUUCAUCGAUCAGGACACAGGGAAAAUUAUGGAUAAGUCAUUUUCUGUGAAAUACCAUGACAUGCCUGAUGUAAUUGAUUUUCUUGUAUUACGUCAGUUUUAUGAUGAAGCAAGGGAGAGGAAUUGGAAAGCUGGUGACAAAUUUCGGUCUAUAAUAGAUGAUGUUUGGUGGUUUGGGACAGCCUUAAGUCAAGAACCAUUCCAGCCAGCAUAUCCAGAUAGCCAUUUCCAGUGUUACACCGUUCGCUGGGAGAACAAUGAAAUUGAAAGGCUCAGUCCUUGGGACAUGGAACCUAUUCCUGAAAAUGCUGAAUUUCCUGAUGAUCCUAGUGCUGGUGUUCCUGUGACUGUGGAAGAGCUUGAAGCUCUGCUAUACAGACCUCAAGAAGGAGAGUGGGGAGAAAAAUCAAGAGAUGAAGAAUGUGAGCGUAUUAUAAGGGGCAUUGAUGACCUUGUGACACUAGAUAUAGCAACUCCAUUUAACGCUCCUGUGGAUCUUCGUGCAUAUCCUGUAUAUUGUAUGGUGGUUUCCUACCUUACAGACCUGAGCACCAUUAGAAUGAGACUGGUUAAUAGAUUUUACAGGAGGAUCAGUGCACUUGUAUGGGAGGUGAGAUAUAUAGAACACAAUGCAAGAACUUUCAAUGAACCAGAUAGUCCUAUUGUUUCAUCAGCCAGGCGAAUCACUGAUCUGCUUCUCAAGUUCAUUGAGAAUAAAGACUGCAUUGAUAUUUUUGAAAUUUGGAGCAUAAUGGAGAACUGUUCACUGGAUUCUGAAGGAGAGGAUGAGGAAAAUGACGAGACAGUGAAUGCUGCUGUUGCAGGAACAUCUGCCACUAGAAGAAGCUGUGUUGGGCACACGUUUGGCCGGAAUCUGAGCUAUGAUAUCAGCACUUGGAAAACUCAGUGCAGGGAACUGUUGGAGAUCCUGUUUGAAUGUGAAGACUCUGAACCUUUCAGGCAGCCUGUGGACCUCACUGAGUACCCUGAUUACAGGGAUAUUAUACACACUCCAAUGGACCUGGCAACUAUAAAAAAUCUAUUAGAAAUGCAUUAUGAAAGUCCCAUGGAACUUUGCAAAGAUGUGCGACUAAUCUUCAGCAAUGCUAAAGCUUAUUCUCCAAACAAGAAAUCUAAGAUCUACAGCAUGACUCUGAGGUUGUCUGCAUUUUUCGAGGACCAAAUUCGAACAAUUGUCUCUGAUUAUAAAACUGCUCUAAAAUACAAGAAAAGGAGUCAGCACAAACUGAGAUAUAAGAAACGUCUACAUAGUUCUGAUGCCUCCAGAUCAAGCAGCAGAGCCUCCAGUCCAGAACGAAAACGGAAGCCAGUGAAGUCUCAGGCAAAAGUAGAAUAUAUUUCCAAAAUAUCUACCUCAUUACGUUCAUCUCAGAAUAGCGCAAGUAGUAGUGGAGAUAGUGCCUGCACUGAUGCCUCUGAGCAUUCUUCUACAUCAGCCAAAAUAAGGAACAUGAAGGCUAAGACAACUGUCCUAACCAUAAAGAAGGACAGAAAAGAAGAUUUGCCCAAUGGGUCAGUUGAAUCAACAACAGCAUCAGACGGUGGAGACUGCAGUGAAAGCUCUGCAGAAGAGAAUGAAAGUACUAUUAUGUCUUGGGCUGAGCCUGUGGCUGGCAGCAGUAGAACAGCAAGAAAGCAUGUAUCACCAAAUAAAAAAACAGAAACAAGUGGUACUCAGGUAAAUGGAGACAGCAGGAAAUUGGUCCGUCAGAAUAAGGCAGCAAAGAAACGCAAGAUCUUGAGUGAUUCUGAGGAAGAAGACUCUGUUUCUGAGAGGGAGCAGGAGAUAUUAAGUGCUGUUAAGCGAAGAAAAUAUGCCUGUGUUUUGGAAGAUGAUGACUCACUGUCUGAGAACGAACAGCAACAUGAGGACGGGGAAGCCCGAAAACACAGUUCUGGUGGAAAUACCAGUUCUGGGAAUGAAAACUGCUCCCGCUCCAGUUCUCAAUCAAAAUCUCAAUCAAAAUCUCAAUCAGACUCUGAAUCCCAAUCAGUUUCUGAUUUGGAUAGCGAUUACAAUGUGAACGCUAGGGCAAAAGUGAAAUCAAAGAUAAAAGUGAAAGCAAAGACACAGGUGAAGAGAGGGAGACCAAGAAAGAUUAAAGGGAGAGGAAAAAAUAAAAUAGCUACUUCUAAAAAAGUCACCAGUAGGUUAGAAUAUAAGAAGCAGCAAAAGAUCUUGGACAGCGAUGAUGAAGAUGGGGAUGAUGACGACGAUGACUCUGAUUAUGUAAAACGAGAUUGUGUUUGUAGACCAUCUGCAAUAAGGACCAGAAAUCAAGGCAAAAGGACUGUAAGAUAUGAUGAUUAUGAUUCCGAUACAGACAGCCUUUUACAUAGUGAGAUAGCUAGCCAUGGAGUGUCAAGGUCUGGACGGGUACGACGAAUACCCAUGAGAGUGAGAGACUGAAAUGCAGCCAUUUAUUGGCAUUGUACCACUGUGAAUUUGUCUUCUCUAAAAUUUCAGGGAUUAUAUUUAUAUUUUUCUGGAUUUAUUUUUUGGGGAACUGGGGGGUGCUGCUGGCCAUGCUUGGACACAAAAUCAUGAUCAAUAUUGCAACCAUUUAGGGACGUGUAGUGACAGCACAAAAAACUUCAGUAGUACUUAAGAUAACUCUAGCAACGUUCAUGGAUCAUGCUAGAAAAGUGCGUGUAACUUAGUUUUUUUUCUACUAUUAAGCACUACAGCUAAUGUUAUUUAUUUUUGCUUCCUUGCAUGUAUUUUAAGCCAACAGAACAGUGUAUCUCUGUCUCACCAGUGAUUGAAGCAGUUAUUCACAUUUAGGCAAUGAAUAAUGGCAGCAGGAAGAAACAGAAGUUUACACCCAUCUUCUUUUCAUGAUUAUUUUAUUUGUAUUGAGCAUAAAUUCAAUCAGUGCAUUUUGCUUAAAGCUUGUGUAUUUUAUAAGCAGAUUAGUCUUUGGAGGGCCAUGGUAGAAAUGAAGCAUAUCUUUAGUACAGAUAAAAAGACCAGAUUUUCUUUACAUGUAGGUACACUAUUGCUAAAAUGCCUACAACUUUCUUUGUCCUAACAUUUAACAAAGGAUUGUUUAAAUUUGUAGUAAGUUGAAUAAUCCUGAUCCCUUUUUUUCUGUCAGAUCAGCAUUCACCACCUGUGUCUGAUCAAUUUGUUGAUUCCUGUGUUUCAGUAAAGGACAAGAACAAUGUCCUCCCAAUAGCUGAAUGACCAGGGUUUCUUUCCUUUGCCCAUUAUUUAAAAAGUGGAAAGGAAAGAGAAAAUCAUAUUUAACAAAGUACUGACUGGAAUUAUGCAGAUUUACUUUGGAAUUGAGAAGUGGUUUGGCACAACGUUAAGGAGUUAUAUCUCAGAAACUGUAUUCAAGAAAAAUACAUAAAUUAACAUGGGCUGGUUUAACAUCAGUUUUACCCCUGUUCUAAAUGACUUCCCAAUUUACUGUUAAAGAUUUAUCAGGUUUGGUUUGUUAAAUUGGUUCUUGUUAAUAUCUCAACAUCGAUCCAAUUUUAUAACAUGAGCUGUCAAAUUUAGCAGCAUAUGGAGUCUUUUAAAAUAAAACAAAUAAUCUGGCUGAAAACAAUUUCAAAUGUUAUUACAUUUUUAAGAGGGAGUCAAUCUGAAUUAGAAAUUGUGGAUUAAUUUUAGAGUGUUGUUUUGCUUGGUUAAAUCACUUGUGAAUAUUCCAAAACAGCACUUGAAAGUAGAAAAUGUUUUUCAAACUGUGUCAUCAAUGUGCUAAUGCAGGGUACCUUAUUUGUAUCAUAAAGCUGUACUUCAAAACUGAAGUUAAAAAUUUUUUCAAGGUUUUAAAAAAGUGCAUUCUUCCCACCAUCCAUUUCAGAAGAUGUGAUUCGCAGAUUUGCAGUUCCAUCUGUCAUUUAGUGCCUUGUCCAAGUAUCCGUCAUGCUUGUCAAGGCAGUGAGCAUUCAUAGACAUAUCCAACCAAAGAGUUGAGAAGUAAGAUUAUUUCACCCAAGCCUGAUGUUGUCUGUACCCACCAUAAGCAUAGAAUUUCUAACAAAAAUCAAAGGGCAGCGUGGAAACAUUUCCUGAUAUUUUUACAUUGUGUCUGGAGACAUUGUGGUUAAUUAAAGCCCCUCUCCACUAAUUAAUGGGCAGAUUGGUAUGAACUGACAGAAAAUAACAAAUCAAACUUGGGGCUUUGGUCUUUAUUAGGUAUCUGAUGCCGUUGGAGAAGUUUCUGCACGUACCUUUAAAUUCCAAGCUUCUUAUCAAUUUCCACAACAAAAAUUUAUCUGGAGGAAUAUAUUUUCUAAUCUCUAUCUGCAACAAACCAGUUGUGUAUAAACAUUUUUAGACAGAAUCUUCACUGAUAAAGAAGUUUUUAAACAUAGUUAGCAAUUGCAGAUUGCAAAAUAAAUACUGCAAGGAAAGUAAAUACAGGUAUUCACCAGGUUGCAUGAAGGAUCCAUUCUUGAGUACAGUUGUAAGUGAGUACAUACACAAGUCAGAAUGCAAUAUAGUACAAUUUAAAAUAGCCAUUCAUAGGUAUGAGGAAAUGUUCACGUGUUGUAUCAUUGAAAUUAGUACUAAUGCACUCCUGUAUGGGAUCUUGUCCAUAAGUAUGAGUAUUCAUAAGUCAGAAGUUUGUAAAUCAGGACUGCCAAUUGCAUAGUUUUGUUUGUAAUGAUAACAAUGCAACAUGUGAAAAUAAAUUUCUAAAUUAUUAAUAGGCAUGGGGCCAGAUAAAACUUUUCUAUCCCAUUAUAAGAUAAUUUGACUAAGUUUCUAGCAUGUCCCUCAAGUUAUAAAUUUGGCUAUUGAAACUAGAUCAGAUGCCUGCCCUCUGCUAAUUGUAUUAUGCUCCAGGAAAUCUUGGUAUAAAUGCUACUGUUUUCUGUUUUCAGAUUUAUUCAAAAGCUCUGAAUUGUAUUUAGUUUUGUCACAUUUAAGAAAUAUGCAAAUUACUCUAUUCUUUCUUUUACUCCAUUUUGGCCUUUACAAAUAUUUACACUUAAUAGUAUCAUUAAACAACUUAACAGUAUACAUUUAAGUUUUAAAAGACACAAUGAAGUCCUAAUAAAAGUUCUGACUCUGCAAAGUUGAUAAAAAUUUUUGGCACAGCAAGACCAUUGGCAACCAUUCUUUAGAGAUGUGAUCCUGUUAUACCCGGGGCAGUUUAUCUACAUAGUUUCUCAUUUUACCACAUGCAUUUUUGGAUGGGAUGCAGGUAUGAGUUAGAGAUUGAAUAAAUGACCUUAAAGUUGUUUUUAACGCUGUUCAGUCUUUUAAAAAUUGAACUUAAAACAAGUCACAGCCAAGAUUUGCAUUUGUCUUGUGCAGAAUGUUUUGAGGUUACCAGUUGAUCGCCCCAGAGAGGAGACAGUUGAAAUAUUUGUAAACUUGCCUAAGUGAGAGAAUGUGAUUGUUGACAUUCAGCAUCCACAGUAUUAUCCAAUCUGAUUUUUAAAAAAAACCCUAUAACAGUAAGUGACCUUUUAGCUCAUCCACAGUGUGGAAUUGCAUUUAUGAAAAGAAAUUGGUGCCUUCAGUUUUGUCUGUGCCUACAAUGAUGCUAGAUCAUAUUUCUAAUCUUUUGAGGUGUUUGUCCUCAGGAACACAUGAAAGCCAAAUGUUUUACCCUAGCUACCAUCCUCUCAGCCCACCUGCCCCCAAGCAGCCACCUUGAAUGUUGCAGAACAUUUGGUCAUGGUCAGACCUUGUACAUUUAAUAUCUGUUCCAAAAUUGAGGAGUAGUUUUGAUGAGGUGGUUACGUCUGUAUGCAAAAUUGAAGGUGUAACUUUCCCCUCAAUGCCUGGAUAAGAAACUCACAGGAUUGGAUAAAAUUCUAGUUUUACCUCCAGCCGAAAAUUCGUCUUCAAUGUUAAUAGUGAACAAAAUUGGGAUGGUUAAAACCAACAUGAUACUCAAUCCCAUCAGUUUUCAGGUGGACAAGGUAUGUUAAAAAUUGGCACUAUAAUUUAUCUUACAUUUUUAUUUCCUUGCAUUAGCUGAAAUUCUAAAUCUGUGAUUUGUCUUCCACUUAGAAUUUUAUUGUGACAUCCAAUAAAAGUGAAUAUUGUUUAGAUGUUUGAAAAAUGGUGCUAAUUCUGUUUGGUGAAUUCAGAAAAUGUCAGUUUAUAGAGUGGCUGCAAAAAUAUGAUUUAGAACAACAUAGUUAUUGUUGAGUACCUAUAAAACAGUUUUGAUGUCCUUUUAUGGAACAAUAAACUCAUUGGAGAUGCAGGAGGUACUCUGCCUUGUUCCAACUAUAUUCCAAUGAAUGUACACAUGGUAGUUUCAAAACUGGCAACGUUUCUGAAUUAGUCCUUAUGCACCUCAAUUAUUAGCCCAUACUCAUUGCAUAAAUCUUCUUUGUAAUCCUUGGAUCACAAGCAUAAAGUUUUCUUUGAUUUAAUUUAUUACCAAGAUUUUAUUUUAUCUUCAUUUCCAAUAAUGAGCUGAGAAGCACAAUACAUAUGCUGUUCUUGUGUGACUCAUGGUUAUGAGACAAUCAUAGGAGUAGAUUAUUUGUCAGUACUCAGAUACAGUAUGCUAUGCUCUUCUGGAAAAACGAUAUCCUUAAAAUUGACAACUUUGGGAGGUGACUGACAAUGAAAUUAACAAGAAUUAUCUCCUAGUUAAGGAUGUUGCUAGGACCAUGUACAAAUUUGCUGAACAUUUUACAUAGUUACUUGUGACUUACAUUUGCCUUCCUAAGCUUCCCACCUCUAUCAUUCCAUACUUCAGUGAGUAAAUUUGGGUGUUGUGAUUGAGUAAUCUUUUUUACUUUUGUAUAACAUGUAAAACUGGCUUUUAAACACAUGAAUUGAGUUUAACAUUACCACUGCCAGUUGAAAGUUUCUAAGGGGUUUUACUACCUUACAUAAUCUUGCUGGAAAAAUGUCAUAACAUGAAGUAUCAAUGCAUCCCCAGAGGUGAAAAAUGCAAUUUGUCAAAAAAUUUUGUGACCAUUUGCAGCAAAAUUGCGAUAUGUACAAGUAUUAAGGUACAGCUUUUCAAGCUACGUUCCACAGCUUCUAGGCAUCCUGCACUGUUACUUAUUUUCCUUAAUUUUGAGUAUCAGCAAGGCUUUUUGACAAAGUCAAGAGUGAUCCUGAACAUUUACUUUGUAGCUAUAUUCCCAAUCUCUACAAUUAUUAGGGCUACUAUAGUUCUCGGGUGUACUUGGGCAGUUAGUGUCAGAAAGCUGGCCAACUGGAGGUACUGGCAUAGUCAACUUGGUGAAAAGAUAGACUGCGAUCUGAAUUAAGAGUGCUGACAUUUGUCCAUUGCCCAGGAAUGCUGUGACCAAUUGUACUGUAGCCCUGUUUAUCACCAGCUAACAGCACAAGAAUUGAACUUCUUAAUUUGUAUUGGAUGCAUUUGCACAACUUGAUCCCAUUCUGUUGGACAGCCAAAAUUAUUCCUUAAUGAUUCAAAAACAAAUGUUGCACACUCACAUGCUGCCUUUUCACUACGUAAUAAGUUCAUGAUAACUUGUAUAUGACAAAACUAGAUAUCUUUCUGGCUAUGAAUUAUCAACAUUCUCUUUUUGCUUUUGUGAAUAUAAUAUUAAAAUGUAUUCAUCCAAAAACACAUUUAAGUUCCUGUAACAAUUCCUGUUGUCCAGCCAAUGAAAUAAUAGUUGCUAUGACUUAAUUUCCUGAAUGUGUCACGACUUUAUUUUAAAUCUCUCAGCAUAAUGGACUAAAGGGUCGAAAAAAGAAAGCCAAUAAGAGAUUCUGACCUGCAGUUUGCGUUGUAAUUUAUUUGGACAACCUAUCUCUUUUAUAAAGGGGUUUAUUUUCAGGCAAGAUUGGUUUUCCAAGAACUGCCACACAAAACAUGAACUUCUAUUUAUCUUGUAGACCUGUUGUACGUUUGCCGCAUUUCUGUUUUUGUUUUAUAUUUAAAAUGUAUUCAGAUUGAUCAUUACGUUGACACAGGAGUGUUAAGACCACUUAAUUUGACUGCAAAGCAUGUUCUAAAACCAUUGAGAGUUACAAUGACAACUUUAAUUUUAAAGAAUUUCUCAAAUCUUAAAGUCAAUUACUCAAAAUAAGUAAUAUCCCCCUGAAUUGUAACACUGUCAUUUGUUUAAGUCAAAUUUCUUGAAAAUAACCUUUAGUAGAGCAAAAUUUUACAUAACAUCUUAAAACAUUUUAUACUUGUUUGCUUGAUCACAACUUUGUAAUACUUUGGAAAUAACGAUGUUAGUGUCUAUGCAUUUGAGUUUCCAAUUUAGAGUAUAAUAGAAAAUUAAUUUUGAAACACUUUUUGCAGAAUUAAGUACUAUGUAUAUACAAUGGACUGCAUUUUGACUUAAUACAGGCUGACAAAGUUUAUUGGUUUUGGAAUGAAUGCCGUGCUUUAAUGUUGCAGACACUUCCAGAGGCUUUCCAGUCCUUGAGGUAGUUAACUUGUGAGAUAAAGCAGCAAUGUUCAAAAUGAUGUGAGUAUGCCAUUAAGAAGUUUUUGUUUGGGAGGGAGAACACUCCCAUAAUUUUGGAAGUAUGAUCCUAGUUGCCAAAUUGGAGUGCCUGCAUCCUAAACUGCCUCUAACUUAUUUCAGUGGGGAAUGUUGAACCUGUAAGGAGGGCCCUUAAUAGUAACUGAUCUCGCAGAGAAUUGUAAAAGAAAAACAGUAGAACAUUAACCAUGCCUACAGAAGAAUACCUGUACCAUUAUCCUGCAAUGGAGUAGCAGAAAUGACUGCAGGUAUAUACUACUUCAAGGAUCGGACUCAUUUGUGACCGUAGGCAAAAAUGGCAUGAUUCAUAGGGUGGGGAAGGUGUAAGAAAUAUGUGGGUUGAAAUUGUAGAAAUGAAAUUGUGACAUUCAAAAUAAUCUUACAGACCCCGUUUAAAAAUUAAGAAUAUUUUAUUCCUUUUCCUGGGACAUUGCUUUUGCCAAAUUGUUUCUAUUUUGAGCUCAGGACCAUUUAUAUGUACAAACUGAAGAAUCAAAUUAUUCAGGGAGAAGUGUUUGCCAAAAUGGCAAACUUCAGUUUUCUUUGAUAUGCAAGGAAAAUCAUUGGCCGUUUAUUUUUUGUCAUUUUUCUGGCAGUUUAUUGUAAAAUGUACAUAUGUAAAAGUUCAGAAAACUUGCAAUUUUUGCAUUAGCAGCAUAGCAUAUUGUACAAAUUAAUGUAUGUGGUUGUAAUUAUGCUAUUUUCCAAGUUUUAUGUGGAAAACUGAUUCUCCUGUGUAAAAUUACAAAUUUUCUUCUUUAAAAAUAA